AGUAAAAACGGAAAUGCUUGAGCAAAAUGGCCGAUGUCAAUGAAUACGAGAGAAUUUUAUGUGUCAAAAACGAAGUUUUUGUUUUUCGAAUACCGCCCAGGAGUACAAACAGAGGUUACAGAGCUGCUGAUUGGAAAUUAGAUCAACCUGAUUGGACAGGAAGAAUGCGUGUUUGUUCUAAAGGAAACGAACUUUAUGUAAAACUUGAAGAUAACACUAAUGGCGAGUUGUUUGCCAAAUGUCCAGUUGAUGCUCAUCCUGGUAUUGCUGUUGAGUCCGUCUUAGAUAGCAGCCGAUAUUUCGUCUUGAGAAUUCAGGAUGAUGGUGGCCGUCAUGCUUUUAUCGGAAUAGGUUUUCAAGAUCGAGGAGACUCGUUUGAUUUCAAUGUUUCACUACAAGAUCAUUUUAAGCAACUUAAGCAAGAGAAAGAUCACGCUGAUUCAGAGACAGUGAAUGCUCCUAAGUUAGAUCUUGGUUUUAAAGAAGGUCAAACAAUAAGAAUAAAUUUUGGGAACAAAACUGCCAGUGCGCCGACAAACAAAUCGAAAUAUACAGGAAACUCCACUGUAGGUGUACUACCACCGCCACCAAGCGGAAAUGUGGUACCAAGGAUUGCUGGACCAGUUUCUGCAACAAGUGGCAAACCAAAUACGACCAGCAACAUCGGCUCAUCUGCGUUUCAGCCCACAAAUAUACCACUAAUGACGAAUAACACGCCUUCUGACUGGAGUGACUUUACGAUGGCAUCUUCAUCGAACCAACCGUCCUCGCAAGACGCAUCCUGGGUGCAAUUUUAAACAACUAUCUUGAGAGCGAUGUGUCCAAGGCAUAGUUUUUCGGCCCAACUUAUGCCAUUUUCCUCAUAAUGUCGCUGCUUUAAUUAAUUACUUUUGAAAACUGAACUCUCCAAGUGUGAACAACUUUGCGAAAGCGAAAAUAGAGGAGAACUUUUUAAUGUAUGGAAUAAAUCAAAUAGGCUGUAUUAAUUGUGAUCGGUCAUAGUUCAUUGUUUGUAAUAUGGCAGUUUCUUUGUACAUCGAAAUACGUCUGUUAGAGAAGUGUAUGUUUUAGUGGCAAUUUUCAUUUAAAACUUGAUUACUGGA